AUGAUGCGACCAGAAGAACUGAGUCCACUAACUGCUUUUUAUGGAUCAAAUAUUAGAUUAGAGGAGGCGGUUCGUUCCUCUUGUACCUUUCUUCUUUGGGAACGGUCAUACGGCGUUGCAACCGCGUCUCCAACAGUGGACAAGAUGAUUCUUUACUGCUUGCAGCAAAGAAAACAAUCCCCGGCGGCGGAUCUUCCAGCGGAACGAGGUCAGAAAAAUGUUUGUUUACUUCAACGUCCGCAAACCGGUGAAAAUGAGGAGCCUUUUAUCCAUGAUGCAUCGAUAUUGGAGGGUGGGCGAGGAGGGGUUUCAGCUCUCUCUCGAACCGCGCUAAGGCAUUUCUCAUCUGAUGCAUUGCCUCGGAAGCACAAGGAGGUCUUCAGUGAGGGAAACAGUAUCGCAACUCUAGACGACUACAACAAGGAAAGAAAUAACACCACAAUGCAACGAGAACCUCCACUAUCUCUGCACGAACGGAGAAAGUGCCAAUAUUAUCCUUAUUUGUCUGAGGUUGAUCAUCGACCGUUGUUCACUUUCCCUCCAGCCCCAUCUCAACCCUCAUCGUCGCCUCUGUCCAUGCCAUCUGCUGGACAGGGCUGCCCAUCGACAAGUAGAGAUAUAUUCUUAUCAAAGAUUCCUUACCGAGCAGUUGCUGAGGAAAAAACCCUGCAGUUUCAGGAAGACAACGUCAUGGAAAAACACCUAGAUUCAGAUGUUGUUCAUGCUGAUUUUUAUGUAGCACAUAACCCUGCGAGUGACGCGUUGAAAUUGGGCGAUGGUAAUGAUGAUAACAAUAACGAGGGGAGUGACAUUUCUGGUUAUCACGCUGCUGGUGUUCGAGUUAGCAGUGGUAUGUUGUGUUACCCGCAACCAGAUCCGACUCGUUUGACGAGCAACCCCACUUCCCAGUGGCCGCGAUGGGAGAAUCCAAUAGAGCCACGGCGCGUCACGGAUGAGGAAGUGCUGGAUGGGGCAUUAGGGGAUGGGAAGGAUGGAAAUGAGAAGGAGAUUAUGUUACCGGAAGAUGUUUCUGCUCAAUUUGAUAGUGAGCAAGCGAUGGUUUAUUCAGAGGGUUCGCCUUCUUUUCGUGGUCAGGGAGGUGUGUCACCCUCCUUUUCCAUUCAACCCCAAUUUGGGACGGUCAGCAGCGAAACACCAGUGGGAAGGAAAACGGAUGAUACAACGGUUGGCAUGACGCCUGUGACACAAUUGGAGGUGGUGGAUGAACCGAAGAGGAAGACGCGACGGUAUUGCCCCCCAGCGUUUUAUUGCACUCGGGUAACUGAUACUGCGGAAGCUGCAACGGGCGAACGCGAGGUAGAUUGUGAGGCGUCGGGGAGCAGAGGCAAUUCCUUUUUGAUAAAAAAAUCUCCAGAGGAUGUUUCCGCGAUUUUCGAUACGGAGAUUGCUUGUCAUGGUAAAAUAGAUGACACCAUGACACCUCCGACAACACAAGGCCGGAUUUCUUCAGCCCCUACAGAAAAAACUUUCUCUUCCCCUUUUUCAGAGGAUCUCCGGGGGAAGGAGAGUGAUGGGCGGUGUUCCCCAGAGAUGAAUAUAACUAAUGACACUCAUGGUGAUGGUCAGGUUACAUGUCCCUUGUCAUUAGGUGAAGGCAGAAAAGAGGCGUCUCCUCUUGCAUUACCCCAGGAGCCGUGUAGUGGUCCUAAUUCUGACAGGUUUGAAGAAACAAAAAUAUUUCCCUCUUCUAGAAAGGAAAAUGAGAAGCCACUUUCGGUGUCACCAUCGCCUUCCUUCAAGGACUACGAAUGGGCAGCCAAGGCACAAGAGGCAUUUGAGCAGCAGCAAAAACGUUUUUGUGCUCGCACACCAUCCACUAACCCUCCUUCUCCACCCCCACCCUUGCAGGUUGGUGGAUUUGAGCUACCCCAGCUACCCAGGGGUCGUCAUCUUGCCACCCCACUCUCAUCUAAUGCGAAGGGAGAUGAUGUCAUCAGCAAAGAGAGUUCUCAAUCUGCUACGAAGGGGCACCGGAGUCUUCGUGCGCCGCCCGAUGGCGUGAAAACGCCAACAAAUGAGUCAGCUACACAAAUGUCCACCAAACCCAUUUCACAAACCGCGCCGCUUACUCGCAGAGCGUCAUCGAGUCAAAGACAACUAUCGGGGACGCCAAAAUCCGCUGCUGUCACGCGGAAGCGCUCUCGGCACGCUGCGGUGUCCCCCGCCCCAAAGGAUGAAUUUCCUCUUCCUCGUACGAUGGCGGCGAGUGAGUCUGAAGCACGAAGAAAGAAAUCAAGAAAAGAAAGAACAAAGAAGUGA